UAGUACGUCGUUGUCACGGUAAAGCAAACACGUAAUUUUCGUCGGCACCUACCUGGCGUGAAGGUUGCAACAGUUUUUGUAAUCCUUUUGAAGGGUUUGUGACUUAACGAAGAUGACUCUUCCUGUACAAUAUUUAAGAGCUGGAUAUCUAGCAGCUCUUGAGACCUUCGACCCUGCAGCGUUGGACGUUGAUGUAUCCGACAAGAUUUUCAUGAUUACCGGAGCGAACACAGGGAUCGGGAAAGCAGCAACUAUGGCGAUUGCAAAACGAGGGGCCACUAUUCACAUGCUGUGUCAGUUUGCAGACGAAGAUGCCCGCAAGGAGAUCAUGGAGGCAAGCGGGAAUAAGAACUUGUAUAUCCACGUGCUGGAUUUGUCUCAGACCCUUCAUGUGUACCAAUUUGCCAAGCAGUUUGUUGAGAGCCACAAUGCACUUGAUGUUUUGAUCAACUGUGCUGCAUGCCAACCGCGAACACGACAAAUGACGGAAGAUGGAUUGAAUGUGUGUUAUGCUGUUAACACAAUGGCGCCGUAUGUCCUGACAACAACACUUUUCCCGCUUCUCCACAAGACCGGAGAAGCCAGAGUAAUAUGUGUUUCAUCUUCUGGAGCCUACUAUGACAAAGGAAAUUUCUCAGAUUUGCAAUGUGAACGGAUGGAACCAUAUAACGCCGAUGUUUGCUACAGACACACCAAGCGUUGUGUGAUCAUCAUGACAGAAAUGUGGGCCCGAAUGUACCCCGGGAUUCAGUUUUCGGCAAUGCAUCCCGGUGUAGUAAAUACGGAAUUGUUAAAGUCUGUUUGGCCUGUACUCCACGAUAAAGUAAACAGGACACCGGAGGAAGGAGCUGACACUCUGGUAUGGCUGAGUCUUGCCAAAGCUGCGACAACUCAAACGAACGGUCAAUUUUAUUUUGAUCGACAGGUUACGCACCGUUACCUGCCCAACAUGGAUUUCACACGAUGCACAGAGGAAGAGAUGCAAGUCCUGAUGGACAGCCUGGAGAAGAAAGCCGCAGAAAUCAAAGAAAAAAAUGCAUAAAGACAAAGUGCACUAGAUCAAUUCGACCGAAGGUUCAUUCCUUUGGGAGUUGAUGACACGCUUUAGCUCUACCAACUUCAAUUGUAGCAGGGGACUACCGCUGCAUUAAAUUUUAUAGAAGAUACGGUUAAAAUCUGUAGGUUUGUAGAACUAAGUCAAAAGUCAGUAAAAUUUUGGGCAAAUUUGGUGAAACAAGCACGGCAUAUAGCACAGAACUUUUCGCUGAAUUGUUUAAGACUUGUGAAUUUGACACAAAAAUUGAAAGCUUGAGAACUGAUGUUAGAAUGAUGUGGUUAUAAUGACACACAUGUUAUCAGGAGCCAGUUUCCAAGGUAUCAACGCAUUUUAUUCUAAAAAAAAAACCCGGCCUCUGCAUAAAAUACGAGUUCUUGAUGAAAGCGGGGCUGCUAAGGUUAUAGUUACAUUACAAUAACUAGUAUUAUGCAGACAGUGUAAGCAACGAAUAUUGUAAUGCUCAUGCAGAAUUCUUGAACAAUGGGCUUCCUGUGUGCAAGAGACAGUGAAUUACGAAACAAGAAGGUCAAUGAAUGAUCAUGCUAGUUCUUACAUAUAAACGGUGCUCAUUGCAAGACUAGGACCGUUUUCAUAUAAAUGUACACAAACAGCCAACAUACAUGGAAGCCAUAUUGAUGAUGUUCAAGCGUCUACCAACUGUGAAGGCAAAGCUACACACAGCCCACAGUGUUCGUUCUUUGCACGGUGCCGCCAAAGGCAUGCAGAUCUCGAUCUGGCAGCUGGUAGAAUCUAGUCACAAUCACGUCAACUCAGCUUUUCAAAUAUUAUCAGAUCGCAUGGUAUAAGAGCUGACGCACCACUCGCAGAAUUAUGAAGCAGCAUACGUGGGAAUCACUGAGCUGGCUCGUAUAAAGAUCGAGAUCGAAGCUUUGCAUGCCUAUGGCUGCAGCGUCCAAAGAGUAAAUUGCUUGUCAAACAAAUCAUCUCAUCAUCGUGACAAAGGUGCAAAUAAACAAAUCUUGGUGAUUUACUUUUCAGAAAGACAGCACAAAAAAUAAGAUUUUCUUGCAAGGACAAUUAGGCAGUGUAAAUGCUGGAAAUACCAUUUUGCCUAUUCAAAAUUCAGAACCAUUUUUGAACUACUGCUGCUCUCACUCUAUUUGAAAAGACAGCCACGAAAUUUGCCACUAUUCUAUACACCUUGCUUUUCCAAAGUACGGUUAUUGACUCAGGCCAUGUGUGAACAUAGCUACUGCUUGUAGUAGAGCAGACAUCUAUCGGAAGUAGAAAUGGGUGCUACAUGGAUGCAACUAUUCUUGUCCUCCAUGACCAAAUAUUUUGAAAGAAACACCAGUAGUCACCAGAACUUACUCUGUGCAGUCAACAGACCAAUUGUACCAGCUAACUCACGUGACCUAUAGUGAGUAUUAAAUAUCAACAAAGCAAAGCAUCAAAAGUAAGUUCCAUAAGUAUCAUUUACCAGGAAUAAAGCCGACAGUUGGUACCGCACUCAGACUACUGAUGUGCUGGGUAAUAUCACGUUGCUAUGAGGAUGUUACCCAAUAUAGGUCACUCGAUUGAACGGGCGCAAUCGAUCUAUUGCAGCCCCCAGCUAGUGUUACCCAAAAUUGGUACAUUACAAAAAUAGUCUUGUUCAGAAAAUGUAGUAAUAUGUAUUAAAGGCACUAUUUUGCACUGAUCCGGGUUUGAUCAUUAGUUAUUUAAUUAACAAAAAUUAAGUCUAAACUAUGUUAAUAGUGCAUGCAUGGGCAGUAUUCUAUACACAAUGUAAUCAGCCCAGUAUUAUGAAACAUUAUAUUUAGCACCGUGGACUGUAAAGCCAAAUCAUAACUUUUAUUGUACUAUGCCUCUUUCCUUGUGAUCCUGUCUUCCUCACAAGACGGGGGACUAAGAAAGUCUAUUUUAAAGUUUCAAAAUGUUCAAAUUAAAGCCAAGGGUUAAAUUUGAAAUAAAGCACCAGAUACACAGCAGUUGAUCUUUCCUUACUGAUACAUUUUGUUAUGAAUCAAAUGUGAAUAUCAAACAAUUUCCAUAUUAAAACCAGACUGAACAUAGGAAAACCAAA